AAUCAGCUGUCGCCGCGCACUCGACGUUGCAUUGAUAAAGUUUGCUGAACAUUAUGGCUUUGAGAUGAUUUUGCGAGAAGUUUUCGUCAGAUCGGCACUUUUGGACAUAGCGUGAAGAUCAAAAUGGACCACAGAAAGCAGUUAAAGAUGUGGCUGGCCGCGUUGUUUGGUUUCUUUUUAGUCUUAGACGAAUACCACUGUGAUCAAAGUAACGACGUCGAAAAGCACUUAGAAAUGGGCCGACUCAUGUUGGCUAGGAACCAGCUCCAAGAUGCUCUCACACAUUAUCAUGCUGCCGUCGAGGGUGAUCCAAACAAUUAUUUGACGUUUUUCAAACGUGCCACCGUGUAUCUGGCCCUUGCGAAGGCCAAAUCCGCCCUUGCAGAUCUCGAAAGAGUUCUCCAACUAAAGCCCGACUUUACCGCUGCGAGACUGCAAAUGGCACAAGUCAUAUUAAAGCAGGGUGACCUUGACACAGCCCAGCAGGUCUUUUAUGAUGUGCUGUCAAUCGCACCUUCAAAUGAAGAAGCAAUGCAUGGCAUUGAGAAAAUCGAGCCACUGAAACAAACUAUCGAGAGUGCUAGACUUCUGCAGGUUCAAGGGGACCACCCCAGUGCCUAUUCUCUUUUGACCUCAGCCAUCGAGUCAAUCCCUUGGGACGCAUCAUUAAGGGAAAUGCGGGCCGAGAGUCGACUGGCCCUUGGUGACGCAAGAGGUGCCAUUGCAGAUAUAAGGAGUGUCACCAGAAUGAGCAACGACAAUACUGCUGGGUAUUUGAGAUUGUCCAUGAUGUACUACGAUAUUGGCGAGGCUGAAGAGUCACUCAGGGAGAUUCGCGAGUGCCUACGUCUUGACUCAGAGCACAAAGAAUGUUUUGCACACUACAAACUGGUCAAGAAAGUUGCAAAAGCAAUGGGAGACAUGACCAGUGCAGAGAAUGGCGAGGAUUUCGAGACAUGUGCGUCCGAAGGAAGAAAAGUACUGAAGUUCGAGCCCAGAGUUGCUUUGGUCAGGUUCUUGGCCUACGAGACCCUGUGCCGAUGCGAACGUCGUCUUGGACAUGUGACGGAAAGUUUGGAAAGCUGCAGUGAGGCGCUCAAAAUCCAAAGACUCCAGUCUGUGUUGUGCGACCGAGCCGAAACUUAUCUUGACUCUGACAUGUUUGAUGAUGCCAUUCACGACUAUCACGCAGCUUUAGAGAUAGAGGAAGGAAUGCAGAGGGCCCGAGAGGGCAUAGAAAGGGCCAAGAAAUUGCAAAAGCAGUCGGAGAGAAGAGAUUAUUAUAAAAUAUUAGGCGUAUCAAGGCACGCCACAAAAAAAGACAUCAUCAAGGCAUACAGGAAAGCUGCUCAGCAGUGGCACCCAGACAAUUUUCAGAAUGACGAGAAUGAGAAAAAGUUGGCCGAGAAAAAAUUCAUCGACAUUGCUGCCGCCAAAGAAGUUCUCACUGAUCCUGAGAAACGGCAAAAGUUUGAUAAUGGGGAGGAUCCUUUAGACCCGGAAGGCCAACGCCAGCAGGGCUUCAACCCGUUCCAACAUUUCCACAACAGUCCCUUCCAGUUCAAGUUCCACUUCAACUGAAAAGUUUUUUCUAGUUGCCCUUGAUUUGGACGCCUAGAGUGAUCCUCAAAGACAAACAUGUUAUUAUUUGCCCAAGUUUUAAAAUGAAAUUAAUAUCCCCUCAUUUGUGAUUUUGUGGUGCGCUGAAUGGACAUCAUAAUUAAAAAAAAAAUGAGAAGUACAGGUUAGGUUUAUAUGAAAGAUUUGAGUUGUGGGGGGUAUAUUGUGUGUGUUAUGAAAUCUUGUGAAAUUAAUUGUGAACAUACAGUUUGUACAAAUUGUUAUUCAUAAUUUAUUAAUAAAAUCGUCAAGCACUUAAUACAAAAUGUGAUUAAAAUUUAUUUUUCAUAUUUUGUUUCAUAUGGUUCCGUAAUCA